AUGGAGAGAGUUACACCAUACGAACCGAAAUCUGCAAGACUCUAUCAUACUCCAUAUCUUCAACCAUUAUGGCUCCCAAAGCCUCCAAUCAAUGCUGUUGCUUCUCCUCGUCCAACAACAAAUAAAUCUCCAAGAAACGUCCUUCGUCAAUACAAUGGUUUAUCAUCAGAUUUCGGAAGAGAUACAAUUCAAUCUCCAACAACAACUCGCGAGUUCAAAAUGAGCAAUUCUCUAACUUACGAUCAACGCUUAAAACAAAACAGCAUAAGACUUCGCAAAUACGAUAACAAACUUGCACAAAAGUAUUCUAAGGUAUUUUCAUGCGAACCAUACAAAUCUUCUAUGAUUGGAGCGUGGCAAAACUCAAUUAUUGAUCAUCAACAUGAACGUGCCAGAAAUGAGACAUUCCAGUAUCAACAACGUGUUAAUUUCAGUAGACAAAGGAGCCAUCGUAUUCACGAAGAAGCAGAAAGAGCUCAUCGCUGGCAAAUGGAAGUUAAUGGAGUUCCAGAGCCACGUUACAACUACUGA